UGCUGCCCGGCGGAGCUCAGAGCGGAGCAGACUGAAAUGAACAGCUCCGUGUCUCUCACGUCCAGAAAUGUGCGCAGGUUGAAGAACAAGUCGCAUAGCUGUCUGUGUGUAGUAUCCUCCUCAGACUACUUCACUCUCUCAUCUCUUUAAUGCAGCACCGGAAGCUUUAGACGAAGGAUAUACGCGCAUCAAACAAAUCCAGACACUUUUCUGUUCAACCAGCCGCUGAUUGCAGAUAGUCCUCUUUCUCUGGCGAGGCCAACCUGACUAAUCAUCCAACGUGUCAAGACACACAAGCUCAUCCCUGCCGCCGCAUCCCCUCGCUCCGGUACCUGUCCAAUGUCCUUCCCCCCCACAGUGUGAUGCGUUAUGGCUCCGGUGCUGAGUGGAGUGUGGUGGGGGCCGGAGGCGGGUGUCGUCGGGUCAGUGGCGGCAGCUGCUACAGGGGUGGCGUCGUGGCUGGGCAGUGGGCAGCUGGUCCUAGUCGUCACCCUCAGCAUCCUCGCCGCCUUGCUGCUGGUCUCUGUGCUGCUGCUGUGUGCUAGCUGCCAGGGGCAGAAGAAGGCAGUCAAUGGCCAUACAGCAGGAGACCAUGAGAACCUUAUGAAUGGAGUGUCAGAGACGAUUAGCCAAUCAGCAGACAGUCCAACGACAGACGUGGCCGCCAGCAGCUCUCACAAUGGUCCUCUAACCAGCGGUACAAUCCUCACAGACACACAGGAUACCAGUCCCCAUCCGUCAGAGGAGAUGCUCUCCAGCCAAUCAGAGCUCAGGUCCUCCAAGUGUCCUCAGGACCGUGAGCUUCCUAGCAUUCCUCCCAACAACAGCCAUAUUGGGGAUAGACCCCCAGCCUCAGGAGACAGCACCUAUGAGGUGGUGAAGGAGAUUGCAGUGGCAUCACGUGACGUCAGCGUCGAAGACUCCCUGUACGAGACCGUCAAGGAACUCAAAGUACAUCCCGCACAGCUUGGCCUCCCGAACGGUACCAUCCAUCCGAGCCCAGAUGAAACUCCCCAUCAUCCCCCUGCACUUCUCAACGGCCACCUCAGCCCCAGCACACCUGAGCGGGGCCCUCUGUGCGCAGGGGUGGAGUACGCCUCAGUCGACCUGAAUAAAAAGAGCCGUCACAGCGCUGACAUGGAAGCCAAAAGGCGCUCUAAUAAUGCCAGCGUUCCCUCCCACAAGCCUCAGGAGGAACCAGAGGAAGACUUACCUCCACCAGUACCAGAGAAGGUUCUGGAUGAAAAUGAUAACCAACCAGUGGUGAUGAAUGGGCUCGCCGGGGCUGGGCUGCACAAUGGAGAGUUACACUCCCCUCUGUCUCCUGCACCGGGGUUCGACAACCACAUUCUGUCAGACAAUGAGUCAGCAGCGUGCUUUACAGUCAACAAAACAAACUGUGACGAUGCUGUGAAUGAGGACGACAAAGAGCACGACUACAGCAGCAUCGCAGAGAUCAAAGGUCUCGUCACGGCCUCUUCCUCCAGUGACCUCUAUGCCACUGUCCGAGAUAUCUACGCCAAGCCAGAGGAUCCCCAGCCGGGGGAAGACCCCAACUUGGACAGCACGGAUCACUGCUACGAAACCAUCCGCAUCCCAAAGACUGGUAGCUCGGAUGACGACCACAGGGCUAGGCUGGGGGCAGAUGGGUCAGACGCUGCCAAGGCAGAGCCUGACUACGAGAGUGUCGGAGAGUUAGGUCUGAGUCGGGAAUCGUCCCGCCUCUGAGUUUUUCCCCUCAUCGUCUUUAGCUGUGGCGGUUUGGGAGAAGCCUCCUCUCUUAACAUCUGACAGACGCCACUGUAGUGCUUUGAACCUGCUACCAAGCAUGCUUUUGGUGCAUGACUUGGGGAAAAUUGCGCACCACAGCAUCCAUCAUCAAUGCAUGAGUGUCCUCUUUAUGGCUUGGGUACGGUUUAUCAUAUCUGAACUUUUAAUUUAUCAACAGCAGUGAAUGUCAUUGGUACUGGUAAGCCUAGUAGAAAAGGAACUGUAGUACCUCAGUCAAUAGGCAUUAAUUGUGGAUGAGUGCACUUUGAAUCAAAUUCCUCUUUUGUCUUUUUGACAGUGCGUCACUUGAUUGUGGAAAAAGAUCAAAUAAAUAAAGUAUAAAAUAAAUAAAAAAUAGGGUUAGCUCAGUACACGAUCAGUGCUUGUGAUAUAAAAAGAGACUAAGAAUUCCGUGCCAUAAUGAUGAAAUCCAUGCACUUACCGUACAUAUGAAGGAAACCUUGUUUGUAUGCCCCUUCUGCAGCUGCUAGUGACUUUCUAGCUUCUUUUAGGUGACUCAGUGUCAUGUUUUAUUGAGGUGUCAGAUGGUGUAUUUCCAGCUACUCUUUGUCAAGUUUGGCAGCACCUCCACUGUGCAUUCUCUGCUUGAAAUUCCUGUGAAUAGGUUCUAGGCACAUAAA